GGGGCGCCGAGCACAGCCAAAGAAAACAGAGCCAAAAGAAAAACUGAAGCCAGUGGGGCAGGGCGCAGCCGAGCAAAAAUAAAAGAAAAAUACUCUUGCUUCUUCUUCUUCUUCUCCCCGGAGACACACACAACCGCCGUCACCCUCUCCCAUCACCACUCUCUCUGAUUCCAGCGGUGCCCCCACGGCCAUCCACCCUCACCGCCGCAGUCUCCCACGGCCAUCUCCCAUCACCGUAGCCGCAACACCAUCUCUCUCAUACUCUCGUUCGCAGACACUCAGAGACGUCACCACGGCUGAGAAGGCAGCAGCUUGUCUGUCCGGCCACCACCCAGCCUCCCGCGGUUACGACACUACCUAGCCACGACUCCACGAGUCUCCAUCCUCACCAACCUCUGCUGCAAACCAUACCACUGAGGCCCGAGCAAAUCUCUGCAACAGAACUCCCCUGCUCUCAGCCAUCAUCUCCGGCGGCCCAUCACAGCAACCACAGCGCCUCUUCACUCGGCCGCUCAGGCCAGACACCAGACUUCCUUCUCCAAGGAGCCACCUGCCAGAGCCCCCUGCUGCUGUUCGUGAGCCACGAGUCUCGACGGCAAGAUCUCCCCGGGGAGGUGUCUGGGAUUUAAGAACUUCAGGGGAGGUCCCCGCCUUUUGGUAAACCUCAGGGGAGAUUUUGAGACUGCCCGUGACUAUGGCAAAGAAGAUCCUUAAUAGUUCUAAUACAAGGAAGAAGAAGAAGAAGAGCAAGAAAUCAGGCCCAGAUGCUGUAGCCAUGAAGCUGAAGACUCCUAAAGACAACCCCUUUGAGACCAUAUGGUCUCGAAGAAAGUUUGAUAUUCUUGGCAAGAAGCGUAAAGGCGAAGAACAUCGUGUUGGCCUAGCUCGCUCUCGGGCCAUUGAAAAGAGGAAAAAAACUUUGCUGAAGGAGUAUGAACAGAGUGGGAAGUCAUCUGUAUUUUUGGAUAAGCGUAUAGGGGAGCAGAAUGAUGCACUUGGGGAGUUCGAUAAGGCCAUUAUGCGGUCUCAGGUUGAGCGACAGUUGAAACUAAACAAGAAGAGCAGAUAUAAUUUAUCAGAUGGGGAAGAAGAUGAACUUGACAUUCAAGGUCUUGGUUCUUUCUUGGAAAGGGAUGAUUUUGAGGAUGAAAUACAACCUGAUGACGAUGAUGACACAGAAAAUGCUGGCACUGAGAAAAAGUCAGCUAUCCUGAAACAUGUUGGUGCUUAUAAUGUGCAAGAGCCAUUGGUAAUGGGUUCAAUGGAAGGAGAGGAUCAGAAGCACAAAAGCAAAAAGGAUGUUAUGGAGGAGAUUAUUUCAAAGAGCAAAUAUUACAAGGCCCAAAAAGCAAAGGAUAAGGAAGAAAAUGAACAAUUUAUUGAACAAUUGGAUAAAAAUUUCACAUCCUUGACACAAUCCGCGGGCUUAUUAUCAUUGACUCAACCAAGCAAGAUGAGUUCUUUGAGGGCCCUUGUUGGCAAGGGGAUUCCAGAUGACCAAUCAACAAGGGAUGAAUUACCCACUACUCAGAAUGUAGACUCUUCAAAGCAGGAACAACCUGAUUCUUAUGACAAACUCGUCAAAGAGAUGGGAUUAGAAAUGCGUGCUCGCCCAUCAGACAGGAGGAAGACACAUGAAGAGAUCGCGGAGGAAGAAAGGGAACGAUUGGAGCGAUUGGAGGAAGAGCGUCAAAAGAGAAUGCUUGCAAAUGAUGACUCUAGUGACGAAGAUGAUGAUGCUCCAAAGGAUGUUGAAAGCCCUUCUGUUCCAAGGAUUAGAUCCAUUUCUGGGGAUGAUCUUGGUGAUUCAUUUUCUUUUGAUGAAGAAUCCAAAGCUAAAAAGGGCUGGAUUGAUGAGAUUCUUGAAAGGGAGGAGGAGAAUGAUUCUGAAAGCAAAGAUGGUGAAUCUUCUGAGGAUUCAGAAAGCGCUGAAGAUGAUGCUGAUGAGGAAGGAUCUGAUGAAGGUAAUGGUGAAUCUGAGAAGAAUUCGUUGAAGGAUUGGGAACAGAGUGAUGAUGAAGAUUUUAGAACAGAUUUAGAAGAAGGCGAAGAGGAUGAUGAAGGUAGCAAUGAGGAUGAAGGAAAAAAGCUGGAGUCGAAGGGCCAUAAACUGGCAAUUGGCAAUGACGUAGCAGAAAUUAGGAAAGGAAAUUCAGAUUCCUUAGAUAACAAGAAGAUAACUAGUGGUAAACAGCCUUCAACUGGAAAGGAGUCCCUUCCCUUUGUAAUUCAAUCUCCAAGUAGCUUUGAAGAGUUAAGCGCAUUGCUAGAGAAUCGAUCCAAUGUUGACAUUCUUGAGGCAAUUAGUCGAAUUCGUAAAUCCAGUCCAAUCAGUUCAAGGGAAGAAAACCGGAAGAAAAUGCAAGUGUUUUAUGGUCUACUAUUGCAGUAUUUUGCUGUCUUAUCAAAUAAAAAGCCAUUGAAUUUCAUCCUGCUGAAUCUCCUUGUCAAGCCAUUAAUGGAGAUGAGUGCGGAGGUCCCGUACUUUGCAGCAAUCUGUGCUCGUGAACGGAUAUUACGGACUCGUAUGCAGUUAUGUGAAGCUCUCAAAAACACAGGGGCAAGUUGUUGGCCUUCUUUAAAAACAUUAGGACUCCUCAGACUGUGGUCCAUGAUAUUUCCAUGCUCUGAUUUCCGUCAUGUUGUCAUGACCCCUGCACUAUUGCUGAUUUGUGAAUAUCUGAUGCGUUGCCCCAUUAUGUCCGGUCGGGAUGUUGCCAUUGGCUCUUUCCUAUGCUCCAUGGUUCUUUCUGUUGCUAAACAAUCUAGGAAGUUCUGUCCUGAAGCCAUAAUGUUUCUCCAAACUUUGCUGGUGGCUGCUAUGGACAGGAAACGAGCAUCAUGUCUGGAUUCUCAGUUCAAUUCUGUUAUGCAAAUAAAAGCCAUUGGCCCCCUCCUGUGUAUACAGGAUAGUAUAAAUGAAUUUAGUCCUCUGGAUAUUUUCAAGCUAAUGGACAUGGCAGAGGACUCUCCCUUCUUCAGCUCUGACUGUUUUAGGGCUGGUGUGUUGUUAUCUGUAAUUGAAACUCUUCGAGGAUUUGUUGAUGCUUACGAAGAGUUUAAUUCCUUUCCGGAAAUAUUCUUGCCCAUUUCAACAUUAUUAUUUGAAGUGGCAGAACAGCAGCACAUGCUGAACUCAUUGCAGGAUAAAUUUAAAGCUGUGGCUGAGCUCAUCAAGAAAAAGGCUCAUGAACAUUAUAUGGAGCGUCAACCACUUCAAAUGCGGAAGCAGAAGCCUGUGCCAAUCAAAUUGCUUAAUCCAAAAUUUGAGGAGAACUUUGUCAAGGGCAGAGAUUAUGAUCCAGAUCGUGAACGGGCUGAGAGGAGAAAGUUGAAGAAGCUAAUAAAACAGGAAGCUAGAGGGGCAAUUCGUGAACUGCGCAAAGAUAAUUAUUUCUUAUAUGAAGUGAAAGAAAAAGAGAAGGCACUAGUGGAAGAAGAGAGGGUGGAGAAAUAUGGGAGGGCUCUGGCUUUCCUCCAAGAACAAGAACAUGCUUUCAAAUCUGGUCAACCGGGGAAAGGCAGGAAGAGGAGGAGAUGAUGAGGCUGACUUCUAUCCUUUUUAGCAUUUGAUUUGUUCUCUUAAGGUGUAUAACUAAAUAGGUUUCUUACCAAAUUUUUGUUAGCUGCUUCCCCCAAAGGGUCAAGUUCACCAAAAGUUCAUAUAUGUAUCCAAUUUACAUCUUCAUGUCCCAACACCUUGUAAUUUUAGCGAGAUCAAAACAGGCAUUUUUGUUUGUAGACCUCAAUUCUUAAUGGGCACUGUUUCUGAUUUUCUUAA